AGUGUCAUUCACGGUGUGUUGCGUGUUCGAUGGAGUUUGUUGUGCCUUUACAUUAACAGCUAUUCUACUGAGACAAUGUCAAGAGUCUAUCUAGAGAGGCUUGCAAAUCUUUAUGAACGGUACCAGGAAUAUAUCACCAGAAACCCGUCCGCUGCCUCGCAGCUGGAAGCUGCGGUGCGGACUCUGUCAUAUCUAAUAGCAGGUCGCUUCGCAGACUCUCAUGAACUUUCAGAGCUGGUGUAUUCAGCAUCCAACUUAUUAGUACUACUGAACGAUGGCAUUCUAAGGAAGGGUCUCUCCAGGACUCUGCCAGUGUCUCUCUCUCAGCAGAGGCUGCUGACCUGGUUGUCUGUGCUGGAGUAUGUGGAGGUCUUCACUGAGAUGGGGGCCAAUAAGCUUUGGGGGGAGGCAGGCCGCUGGCUGGUCAUUGGCCUCAUUCAGAUAGCAAAAGCCAUCUUGCGCAUCUUUCUGCUAUUCUGGUACAAGUCAGGCAUCCAGACUUCACCUCCCAUAACUCCCUUGGACAGAGACUCUCAAUUGUACAAGAGAGACCAAGAUGGACAAGUGGUGGAGGAAGACCUUACUUUCAUUGGACAGCGCUCAGGGAGAGUGAUGCGACCCUUGGGAAGUACGUCUUUGCUGCAUACUCGCCUAUGGGGCAUUCCUCAAAGAGAGAGGCAAAGGAAGCCCCAGGAGGAGGAGCUACACUCAAGUCCCACCCCUCUUGGACUGCAGGAGACUAUUGCGGAAUCUCUGUAUAUUUGUCGACCACUAGUGCACUUAGCCAGUCUGGGCCAGUUCGGCAGACGCUCCUGGAAGCCAUGGCUCAUCUCUGGCCUCCUGGAGGUAACCAGUUACAGCCUGCUGAAUGACUCCAUGAAGGGGCUAAACCGGCGAGAGAGAGCAGAGAUGAGGAGACGAGCCUUUCUACUGCUGUACUACCUGCUCCGUUCACCCUUCUAUGACACGUAUUCCGAAGCAAAGAUUCUCUUCCUUCUCCGGUUCCUGGCAGAUUAUAUUCCUGGACUGGGCUUGAUUGCACGUCCACUGAUGGAAUACCUACCCAUCUGGCAAAAGAUAUACUUUUACAACUGGGGCUGAUGUUGAAGCUGAGGGUCAUGAAGACCAGCCUGCAUACAGGAUGGGUGUGGGAGCCCUUAGCUCAGUGCUGGGGGGGCCCCUUGAGGACUCAGACCCACCUGCAACACAAGGACCACUGCAAUAAUGUCACUGCAAGUGGGAGGCGAGUCGGAGGGAGGGAUUGUGCUCCACUCUUACUGGACAAGCAGUGAUUUUGCUUUGUUUAGCUAGCAUGAUUGAGUGGUGACUUGCUAUAACUCUGAUACUGAUAGUGAUCAGUUUAUAAAUGUUUCCCUUGUGUUUUUUUUGUUUUAAUGUUCAUGCAUCUGAGCCUUUUUUUUUAUUAUUAUUUCUUUGUUGUAACAGGAGUUAAUUUAAAUGCUGUCCUUCAAGAGACAAUACACUGACACUAAACAAAUACAAACUAAUUAACUGAGCUUAAAAUCAAUAUUUUUGUUCAUAUUUGUUCUUUGGACUGAUUUACCACCGUCAGGGAGAGGCAAAAAAUGUGGCAGUAGGAAAUAAAAAGGAACUGUGUCUUAAAAGUAGCAUGCCCUUUUCAAAUGGUAUCCUAUCUGUCUAAAGAACCUCAAUAGGACUCCUACAAACAAACCAGCCUUAUAGGAAUUUCUGAAUAUUGGCUAUUUUUUCACUGUGUGAAAUGAAAGGUCAUCUUGGUAAUUCAAUAAAUCUGAUAGACUGGAUAAUACAGCAUGGGAAAGUAAGUAUGUGGACUGUUAGUGAUUUUAAUCAGCAUGCCUCGAGUGGAAAAAAUAAAGAUUGUACUGAAAUCCAUUGUGAGAAAUGAAUGAUAGAUUUUGUACACAACAUGCAUUUAAUAAAUGAGCUAGUAAUAAAGUGAUUUACUCCUUGAA